AUGCAUCUAAUAUCACGCAAUUUUCAUCAAGCGACUAAUCGUGCAGUUCAAAGAGGAGCGUCUUUUAUAUGGAAAAAGCGGAAAUUUCGAUUCGAAAAGAAAUUUGCUCAAUUUAAACUCGAUCACAAUAUGACCAAUGAAACCUUUCGUCAAUUAUCAGAUUUGAUUAUGAACAAAACAAUUGUUCGACACAAAUGGAAGUUUUACGAUAGCUUCUAUUUUUCAACCGUUGUCUUAGCUUUGAUUGGUUACGGUCAUCGAACAUUAAUCACAUCACGGGCGAAGAUUUUUUGUAUUUUUUAUGCUAUGCUGGGCAUUCCAAUGUGGCUAAUCACGUUUCAAUCGACAGGUGAACGAAUCAAUUCCCUGCUGAGUUAUUUACUCGCUCGAUUAAAACGGUUACUACACAUGAAACAGACGAGAAUCACAGAUGGAGAACUGCUCGUCAUGGAAUUUUUAUUAUCUAUAGUGAUAUUAGUCGUUGGUGCGUGCGUCUUUUCCAAGUAUGAGAAGUGGUCAUUUUUCGAUUCGUUUUAUUAUGGUUUUAUCACAUUGACCACGAUUGGUUUCGGUGAUUUUGUUGUUUUACAAGGAAAUCAUCGCAAUAAAAAUUUUGUUUACAAUGCCGAAUAUUUCUUCUUCUGUAUGGCGUUCAUUUUCCUUGGCUUGACAAUUCUGGCUUCGUCGAUGAAUCUACUUGUUAUUCGUAUUGUUGCAUUUUAUUCUCAAGAACGUUUAUUAGAAAAACUUCGGCAGGAGGAAGCUGCGAAUCAAGCUGUUUUACUUAAAGGCGAUGUUAUCUGUUCGACAAACACAGGCAAACCACGACCAUUGACUCCCGUCAUGCCGGAAAUGACAGCUAGUCAACAACAACAGCAACAAUUAUUAUUGAAUUCAAGUCAAACAUCGAUUUGUUCAUGUACAUGUAUGGAAGCGUUCGGAGAAUGGAGACAAACGAGGAAGAAACGUGCUAAAUGGAAACAACAACGAAGUAAACGGAAUCGAAUUGCGAAGAUCUCCGAUUCGAAUUCUUCUCUCGAUGCAAUUUAUAUGAUGAGACGAUACCUAACUAUGUGUGGAAUUUGGUGCAUUUUCGGUUCAACUGUUGACACACAUCAACAAAUCCCCGGUUGUUUUAACAUUGCUCAUCGUGGGCCCGAUUGUUUCCGUUUCGAGAAUGUUAAUCACUUUUCUCGAUGUGUGUUCGGCUUUCAUCGACUAGCAAUCGUUGACGAUAUCUACGGCAUGCAACCAAUGCGUAUCCAUGCGUUACCACAUAUAUGGAUGACUUACAAUGGCGAAAUCUACAACUUUCGUCAGACACAAAAGAAAUUUGGUUAUGAAUUUGAAACAUCUUGCGAUGGAGAGAUUUUAAUUCAUUUGUAUAAUGAUAAAGGCGCACGUUUUAUGUGUGAACAACUUUAUGGUGUUUUUGCUUUUGUUUUAUUCGAUGCAAAAGAACGAAAAGUCUUCGUUGGUCGAGAUACAUUUGGUGUUCGACCAUCGUUUCGAAUUUUUACCGAUUGUGGAUUUUUAGCCGUGUCAUCUGAAGCAAAAGGUCUCGAAGGCGUUACAGUAGCAUCUAAAACUGCCUUAAAAAUAACUCCUCUUGAACCGGGUACCUAUGAAGAAUAUAAAUUGGAUGAAAAUGAAAAGGUUGAAUUCGUUAAAAAAGAACGGUUUCAUUCCAUUGGAAAUUUCCCCAAAUAUGAUGUUAAUGUUACAGUAACAGAUGACAUUUCGUCAAACAUUCGUUCAUAUCUGAUCAACGCUGUUCGAAUGCGUUUAAUGUCUCACAGACGUAUUGGUUGUAUGCUUUCUGGUGGUCUGGAUUCAAGUUUAAUUGCUGCAUUGACCGUUCAAGAAGCUCGAAAACAAGGUAUUACGUAUCCAAUUCAAACGUUUUCAAUUGGCAUGGAUGAAAGUAGUCCUGAUCUGGUUGCAGCACGAAAGGUUGCUCAACAUCUUGGCACUGAACAUCAUGAAAUUCGUUUCACCUCACAAGAUGCGAUUGACCAUUUGAGAAAAGUCAUUCGAGCAUUGGAAUCCUAUGAUAUCACAACGAUUCGUGCAUCAAUUGGAAUGUACUUCGUUUCGAAAUAUAUUCAAGAAAAAACCGAUACUGUUGUUAUCCUAUCCGGUGAAGGUGCGGAUGAAGUUUGUCAAGGUUAUAUUUACUUCUAUCGGCAACCAACGCCAGAAGAAGGUGAUCAGGAGAGUCGUCGACUUUGCAAUGAUUUGUUUUAUUACGAUGUGCUUCGUGCUGAUCGAACAACAGCUGCACAUGGAUUGGAAUUACGAGUACCGUUUCUCGAUCAUGCAUUCACGUCAUAUUAUUUUUCGUUACCAGCGAAAGAACGAAUGCCCACAAAAGAACGAGCAGAAAAAUAUAUUCUCAGAAAAGCAUUUGAUGGCCUCAACUUGAUUCCACAGGAAAUUCUUUGGCGACCGAAAGAAGCUUUUUCGGAUGGAGUUGCUGCUAAGAAGAAAUCACUCUUUGAAUACAUGCAAGAGUAUGCGGAAACAAAAGUAUCGGACAGUGAUCUUCAACAAGCAUCAACGUUGUAUCCAUUCAACACACCUAAAACGAAAGAAUCUUUUCUUUACCGCUCGAUCUUCGAAGAAUUUUUUCCCGGUCAUGAACAUCUGACACCCUACAUGUGGCUCCCUAAAUGGUGUGGUGAACAAACUGAUCCAUCAGCACGUGUUUUGAAACAUUACAAAGAGCAGCAAGGUGAUGAACAGAAAUCUCAUGGAUAA